UGUUGUUUCUUUUGUAUCUAAGCAACACUAUGCUGCAUAUCAGGUACAUGUAAAAUAUUCGAUUGCACAAAUGCUAUGGAUUACGAACGCGAAAGUGAAAAAAGUGAUACGUUUUCUGUUGCGUUUUGAGAUGUACGCAAUUAAUUCACAACGAGUGUGCAAUAAUUUAUCUGAGCAACAACAAGCUAAACUACAGAAGAUCAAAGAGCUGACAACUAUUUUAAAGGAUACAGAUAAAAAUUUGACUAUUUGUGAAGAAAUAUUGUCAACUUAUAUAAAGAAACGUUUAAGGGAUAAACGAGAAGAAAUGCAAAGGAGUAAAGAUUUGGAAAACAAAAUGACAGAAAUUUUAGAAAAUUUGAAGACUCGUCUAUUGGUAGAAUAAUAUUUAUUAUUAUAUAAUGUAUUCUUAUACAUUUCUUUCCUUAUUUUUGUAAAAAU